UUUCCCAGAACGUGAUCAGUCUAAAAGAACCACCAAUGCAGGAAUCCUUUUUUUAGUUUCCUCCAUAAAUUAUCUACUUGUCUGGGACACUUUCAAGGAUGGAAAAGACUUAAAACCUUUACUUUGCCAUUCAUACCCAACUUCCUGUGAAGCUCCACUUGGGGGACGAUUUCUUUGAUUUUAUUAGAGGUUGAGCUGGGUUGGGGCUGGAUUGCAUCUUUACUUAGUUGCACUUCAAGUCUAUGACACAGUGAUAUGGAUUCAGCUUCAUAGUCACUUUGCAUCUACAUAUUGGUUUGUGCCCUGUCACGACCAGAUCAAGGAGAAAGAUUAAACACUUUAAGAUGAAAAAAAUUGACCUGUGUUUGAGCUCUGAGGGGGCGGAAGUGAUUUUAGCUACAUCAAGUGAUGAAAAACACCCUCCUGAAAAUAUGAUUGAUGGGAAUCCAGAUACAUUUUGGACCACAACAGGAAUGUUUCCCCAAGAGUUCAUUAUUUGUUUUCACAAACAUGUAAGGAUUGAAAGACUUGUAAUCCAAAGUUACUUUGUGAGGACGUUGAGGAUUGAAAAGAGCACCUCUAAAGAGCCAGUUGAUUUUGAGCCAUGGAUUGAAAGAGAUCUAGUCCACACAGAGGGGCAGCUUCAAAAUGAAGAAAUUACGGCCCGGGAUGGCCACGCCACUUACUUGAGAUUCAUUAUUAUAUCAGCCUUUGAUCAUUUUGCAUCUGUGCAUAGUGUUUCUGCAGAGGGAAUAGCAGUCUCAAAUCUUUCUUAGUCAUUAUAACAAAAUACACUUGCAUGGUUUUUUAACGAUACAUUUAUUUAAACAUGAAGUUGUCAUUGAUAUACUUUAUUAAAGGGACUUGUAUCGA